AUGGUGGAGACGGUGAACAACCUGCUGCAGCCGCAGGCUCGGUCGGCCUGGAUGGAGCUGUCGAGCGGAGAUCAGCUGCGGGCCGCCACCAUGCUGCUGGACACCGUGGAGCAGGGCGCCUUCGUGCUCGCAGACAACCUGCUGAAGACCGACGUCGUGCAGGAGAACACCGAAAACAUCCAACUGGAGGUGGCACGUCUAAGUACGGAUGUUAAUCUGGCCGAUCUAAGCUUCCCUCAAUCUGGGCAAACCGGCAACUCCAUUCAUCUCUCCUCCAACACUCUCAAACAGCAAGGACGCAAUGGUGAGAUCCGCAUGGCGCUUGUUCUUUACAAGAACCUCGGUCAAUACCUGUCCACGGAGAACGCUAGCGUGCGUCUGGGCAGUGAAGCGGCCUAUCCAAACUAUUCCCUGAUAGUCAACUCACCUGUUAUUACAGCAGCUAUCAAUAAAGACAGUAACAAGGUCUACCUGUCCGAACCGGUGGUCUUCACAGUCAAACACAUUCAGCAGUCGGAAGAGAACUUUAAUCCGAACUGCUCUUUUUGGAGUUACUCCAAACGCACCAUGACAGGAUAUUGGUCCACUCAGGAUUGCAGACUACUAGGCACCAACCGCACUCACACUUCCUGUUCCUGCACACACCUCACUAAUUUUGCGGUGCUUAUGGCUCACGUGGAGGUCAAGAAAGCGGGCCAGGUGCACGAGCUGCUGUUGGACGUCAUAACGUGGGUGGGGAUCCUGCUGUCUCUGGUCUGUCUGCUCAUCUGCAUCUUCACCUUCUGUUUCUUCCGCGGUCUCCAAAGCGACAGGAACACCAUCCACAAGAACCUGUGCAUCUCCCUCUUUAUCGCCGAAACACUCUUCCUCACAGGAAUCAACCGCGCAGACCAGCCCAUCGUCUGCGCUGUGUUUGCGGCUCUGCUGCAUUUCUUCUUCUUGGCUGCGUUUACAUGGAUGUUUCUGGAAGGCGUGCAGCUGUACAUCAUGCUGGUGGAAGUCUUCGAGAGCGAGUACUCGCGCACCAAGUACUUCUAUCUCACUGGAUACGGAGUGCCUGCUGUUAUAGUGGCUGUGUCUGCCGCCGUGGACUAUCGCAGCUAUGGAACCGAAAGAGUUUGCUGGCUGCGGUUAGAUACUUAUUUCAUCUGGAGUUUUAUAGGCCCCGCCACACUCAUCAUCAUGCUGAAUGUGAUCUUUCUGGGAAUCGCUCUCUACAAGAUGUUCCACCACACCGCCAUCCUGAAGCCAGACUCCGGUUGCCUUGAUAACAUCAAGUCCUGGGUUAUAGGUGCCAUAGCUCUGCUGUGUCUGCUGGGGUUGACCUGGGCAUUUGGGCUGAUGUAUAUCAAUGAGAGUACAGUCAUCAUGGCCUACCUCUUCACCAUCUUUAACUCGCUGCAGGGAAUGUUCAUCUUCAUAUUUCACUGCAUCCUGCAGAAGAAGGUGCGUAAGGAAUAUGGCCGAUGUCUCCGGACACACUGCUGCAGCGGGAAGAGUGUGGAGUCAACCAUCUCCACUUCAACAAAGACCNNACACACACACACACACACCUGCAGGGGAUCCUCCAAUUGUCAGAGUCGUAUUCGGAGGAUGUGGAACGACACCGUCAGGAAGCAGUCAGAGUCAUCUUUCAUCACCGCUGAUAUGAACAGCUCAGCGACUCUCAACAGAGGUACCAUGGCUAACCAUCUCAUCUCCAAUGCUUUGUUACGUCCUCAUGGCACUAAUCCUUAUAACACACUACUGGGAGAGUCUGCUGUGUACAAUAACCCUACUGCCAACAUGUUCAACACGCAAGCCUCCUACAGAGACUCAAAAGGCAUUCUCAACAACGCACGGGACUCCAGUGUUAUGGAUACGCUGCCACUUAAUGGUAAUCAUGGCAACAGCUACGGUGUGGCAGCAGGCGAUUACCUUACCUACAGUUCUCGUGGCAGCGAGCCGCCCACUACGCUUGAGAAGAAGAUACUGAAAGAGCUGACGGCAAACUACGCUCCGUCGUACCUCAACACCCAGGAGCGACAGGGAAAAGCCCACCAGGGCACCUUGACCAAUAAACUCAACAACCACCUGGCCAACGGAGGGGUCGCGGGGUCAUCAUCCAUCGCCAAAGACGACGUCAUGGUGCUCGACAACCCCGGAGCUUUUCACCGACACGACGACGGGGGCGGGCUAAGUCUGGAGCUCAUUAGGGAGGAGUCGCAAGCACCGCUCCUCCCACCGAGACCGCCCCCUCCGGAGAACCACGCCCCCUUGCACACGUUUUCAGCCCACCGACGCCUGCCGCAGGAGAACAGCGAGAGCUUCUUCCCGCUGCUCCCCAACGACACGCACACACACUCCUCCCACACACACACUCCCCGCGCGCAUACGCACUCCCCCCUCAGAGACUCGCUCUAUACCAGCAUGCCCACGCUCACUGACCUCCCGCAUGGCACUGACGACCUCAUCAAUGGUCUGCAUGAUGACGAAGACGAUGAGGAUGAUGAUGGCGAGGAAGAAGAAGGCAGCGAACUUCACCUGGCCAACGGUAAAGGGGUCGUAAUGGAGGCGGACGACGUAUACUACAAGAGCAUGCCGAACCUGGGCUCCAGGAACCACAUACAGGAACUAGAGAGCUAUUACCAGAUGGGACGCGGAGGCAGCGACGGUUUCAUCGCCCCACCUGAGAAAGAAGACUCGUCGCCUGAAGAACAGCCACCAGACCCCUCACAGCUAGUCACCAGCCUAUAGACACCGACGCACACACACAGAGUGUGUGUGUAUGUGUGUGUGUGUGUGAGUGAGACACAAUGCACAAGGCAUGGGAUACACUACCUACUGCACUGAUAGAGAGACUGAUUCCAGAUAGCCCCCCGAUUCCAGUACAUACGAGUAUCCUGUCACCAAAAUCCUGCUCCAAUUAGAACCAGUAACCAGAAACUAGUAACCCAUUCCUAUGCUAGAACAAGGACUACCACGUGUAGGCAGGUCUUGUGGACUUUUUUUCUCCUCAAUCUCCUCGGAAGUCUGAGUAAAACUCUUGCGAAUCAUCAAUUCGGAGACGUGGACAAACUUUUGCUCCAUGGAUCAUUUUGCAUAGAUCUCCUUCAUCCGAUGGCUGUCUGAUUCUCCUCAAAACUCACCACGGAUCGUGGGACAGACUGCGGAAAACUAGCUGCCAUUUUAGAUGACCGUGUAUGAUAAUGAGACUUUGAACUCUUCUGUCGUACUGAACUGCAUUACCCACAACUCUCUAGAAGACUUCUCUAUGAUUCUCUGCUGCACACAUUCCUUCUCGUUUAGCACCGUUUUCUGAGCGUGAAAUCACAAAAGGCGCAUCUAUUCUUGAAGACUGAGGACGCAUCUUGUUUUCUUACGUUUAUUUUUCAGUAAUAAUCUCAGUUACGGGAAAGGUAAUCUUCACUAAUUACAAAGAAAUGGAACUGUUUUCCAUGUAAAAUGUACAGAUUCCCGAUAUUGCAUAUGAUCAUAUGCGUUUCAUGUUUUUUGACAUAUUUUGCCCCUUGUAUGUGUUUUUGUAGACUAGACCAAUCCCGCAAUGCUGUGCAGGUCCUCCAAAAUACUAUCCCUGAUAACGCACAGCACAAACACACGCUCACCUAUCUACAUACACACUCUCGUUCGGAAGGAUGACCGUGGCCGCCUCCUUUUUCUUUUCCAAAUGCAACACUUUGUCAUUCUAAUUCUCACUGUGUCGAUGAUAACCAAGAGACUCUGGGGAAAUGACUGUUGUGUGACUGACAGCCAUUGCAGAUGGGAUCCCAAGGAUGCCGGAAUGUUGUGGUGUCAUGAGUUCUAGAACAGUUAACCUUCAACGCGCCAUUUUUUUAUGUGUAGGAGCAGAAAUCGUACUUUGGAUGCGGGUCGAAGAAUUCCAGCUUAUUGAAAUUCCGGUCACACAUGUUGACACAGCUAAAAUUGUUCUCAGGCUAAAAAGAUGGUCUAUUAUUGUGACUAUUUCACAUAUCGAGUUGUGUUUUUAAGAGCUUAAUCAAGAAGAGUAAGAAAGGCUAGCGGGAUGUGAAUUGGAACGGGUCCAAAAAAAAGUGUGAACUGGGGAAAUCAUGAUUACGAAUCACGUGUGCAGCAUGUGUAAACAUAAAAUAACCAUGUAAAAGAGCAGACUAGAAGGAUAGGACUUUAAUGGAGUGGUUUGGAAGAUGGAAACAACCUUGUAAAGGUCGGUUUCUGAAACUACUGUUUACUUGUUCUCAAACUGAGACUCCCUGUAGCUUGCACAUCUAUCUCUUGUUAACCCACCCCGAGAAAAUUGACUGCAUAUUUAUUCCUGUGAUUCAGUCUUGUUUUUUUAUUUUUUAUUUUUCAACAGAUCAGAAAUGUAGGAUCCUAGAGAGCUUCGGGAAAAGAAUCGGAUCGGCACUGAGACCUUUUUUAUUGUUAUUAUCAUCAAUAUUAUUAUUAUUACAAUAUCAAUGAAAUUAUUAUUUAUUCUUUUCAUAUGCAUUCUAAACUGAAUGAACUCAUAACUAAUAUUUGUUGUAACAGUGAAAGUUGUUUGCCAACAAAUAAAAUGACUGAAUUAAUAUUUACAAUAUUU